AUCCAGAAGAACAAAACCAUUAUGAUGAUAAUGCUUGUAAUUCUGGUAAUGGUUAUGAUAAUGAUGCUGGUAAUAGCAUUGGUUCCAGUUCUGGUAAUCAACUAGCUUUUCUUUUUAAUCUCUAA